CUCCUAAGGGAAAGAAAAGGAUCAGUUUUGAAGGAUCUCAUGACAAGUUACAGUACAAGUGGAGUUUUUAACCCAGCCUACCAUGACACGGAAACACUGGAAAUUGAUAAAAGGGCUUCCAGGAAACCCCACCAUACGAACCCGUAUGCGAGUGAAGACAUGGCAUGGCGGGGUGACAGGGUUGACCUAAGAAGUGAUGCUGAGCACGGAGCACACAGGAGUGGCUGGCAGGAGGAGAGCUGGAGGGGGGGCGAAGGCAUCCCGAUGGGCCAAAUCAGCAGUGAUUCAAACAGUGCUUCAUGGCAGCAAAACCUCAAUCACGGCUCGUUUCAAACUGACGGUGAUUCUCGCUAUGACUCACUAUCAGCAGCUGUUCAACCUCUGCCUUCAAUGUCAGGCAACAUGACAAUGAGAUGGAGAGGAAUUGCAAUGAGAAGGAUGAGCAUGUUUCCCAACACUGAUCCAGCCUGCACUACUUUCACAGAGGAGGUUAUAAGGAGGGAGGUGGAAAACGAGGAACAAAACCUCGUCAAGGAACUCAUUGCUCUGUCAACUCGAGAACAAAUACGUCAGAUUCGGGAGCUUCCAAUGAGUUUUGAAGAGAAGAAACAUAUAUGGCGACAAUUAACAGCGUUCAAGUCUUCUAAACAAUCUCACCACUUGAGACGUUUCACAGAUUGCUCCAAAAAUAUUUCACUGUCUUUUCGAAGGUGUGCUUACGGUAUACAGUCAGCCAGGCAGACUCUGGAACUGUGGCACGGCAUCAUGAAAGAGAUUGGAGGCAAAUUUGGCUCCAGUGUUCUCACCUAUUUUGUGUUCCUCAAGUGGCUUCUGAUGUUCAACGUUUUCUCUUUCUUGGUCAACUUUGGUUUUAUCACCAUUCCACUGCUUGUUCAUGACCUUUCACCCAACAUACCUUCAAACGUGAGCUUCAGAGGGCUGGAGUUACUGACCGGAGCCGGUUACUUCAACUAUACUGUUAUGUACUAUGGUGGCUACAGUAAUGAAACUCUAAGGGGUCUGGUGGAUUACAAUCUGCAGCUGGCCUAUUUCUUCACCAUUGCUGUCUACAUGGUGCUGUGUGGGAUUGUGCUCAUUUUUAGCAUGGCAAGCUCAUUCAAGAAGAACUAUGCACCAGCAGACCCAGCUUCGAACAGUGCAUGGCAGCUUCUGUGCAGCUGGAAUUUUAGUAUAACCAACGAACGAGCAGUCAGACUGUGCAAGAGCAAUCUUCGUGUCCAACUCAAGGAAUCUUUAUCAGAAAAAUACCAGACAAAGCAGCUAACACUUUCUGAAAAAUUGGAACACUAUGGGAUUUACUUUGGUUGCUGGUUUCUCUCCACCAGUCUGGCUUUUGGCUGUGGAGCCAGCAUCUUCUACCUCUGCCAGUACGAGCAAAAGGCAGUAGACUCUGGACCCUGGUCUCUGCUUAAUGAGGCAAAGACACUCCUGGUUCCGUUUGUGGUGUCAUUGAUGAACAUGGUCAUUCCGCUCUUCUUCUCUCUCUUCAAUAAAUAUGAGCAGUACUCCAACCCUCGCAGCCAGAUUUAUGCCCUGUUGCUUAGAAAUGUGUUGCUCAGGAUUUCCAUCCUGGGUGUUUUAUGUUACUACUGGAUGAAUGUGGUACCUGGGAAAUUUUCGUGUUGGGAGUCCAUGGUGGGACAGGCUUUGUACCGCCUGGUCGUUUUUGAUUUCCUUUUUCUGAUGUUGGGAUCAUUCUUUGGAGAAUUUCUUAGCAAUAUCAUUGGGACUAAACUUCAACCACGUCUUGGGGUGCCGGAGUUUGAUGUAGCCAAAAAUGUUCUUGAUCUCAUCUAUGCUCAGACUCUAGCCUGGAUUGGAAUCUACUUUUCUCCUCUGCUGCCUGCGAUCCAGAUUGUAAAAUUCUUCAUCUUGUUUUACUUAAAAAAGGUCAGCCUGACCCAGAACUGCCAGCCUCCGCGGCAGUCAAGCAGAGCAGCUCAGAUGCAAACCAUCUUCAUCGUUCUCCUCUUCUUCCCUUUCUUUGUGGGAGCCCUGUCGAUGGUCGCGUAUGCGUGGAAUCUGACCCCCUCAGAGCAGUGUGGACCUUUCCAAGGACUCAACAAAACCUUCAGCGUGGUGGAAAUCUGGAUCAGCCAUUUAAAACAAAUUCAUACAUCUGACUGGGUUGUGUGGAUCUACGAAAACAUCAUCAGGAGUGAACUCUUCUACUUUCUCCUCACGCUCAUCAUCAUUGUCAUCAUUUACAUCUUUUGGCAACUCAUUCAAGGCCGCAAGGAGCUCAUCCGUCUGCUCCAACAGCAGAUUGUAAACGAGGGAAAAGACAAGUCCUUCUUGCUAGAGAGACUACAAGAUCUCCAGAAUUCUCACCCUCAAAUCACUGCCAAACCUAUAAUGCAACAAAAGCCAUCAAGGCGACGCUCAGGUGGCCUCUCCUCGGGAAGUCAGUCCAACUCAAACGCCAUGGUUCAGGUUUUACUUGCUCGCCAGCAGCUUGAGGAAGAGGAGCAGAGACAAAACUUUUGUGGAGUUUCUGUUCCCUCUGACAUUUCCACAUCCAGUGCCACUACACAGGCUUUGUUGGCCCGCCAGAGAGCUGAAAGACAAAAUGAAGACUUUUACCAGAUGUCUGAUGAGCAUCCUUCAUCGUUCAACCCACUUGACCAGGCCAUGGCAGCCAGGCAGAGAUCUCAGAACGAUGAGCGGGAUGACUACUGGAGUACAACUGAUUUUAAUGAAACAAACCCCGUCAACAGACCGGACGCUGUCACACAGGCCAUGGAGGCCAGACUGAGAGCAGAGGAUGGAAACGAUGAUCACCUGGACCUGGCGUCACCGGUGUCAAGUGUUAUGAUUCAAGUCAUGCAAGCCAGGCAGAGAGCCGACGAAGAGGAGAGGAGUCAGUGGACCCCUGCUCCGCUGCAGAACCCAGAUCCUUCUGGCUCCAGCGCUCUCAUCCAGGCCAUGUUGGCCCGGCAACAGGCACAGAACGAGUACGAUGAUGGUUACUGA